AGUGUGUGUGGGUGAGAGUCUGAGUGAGUGUGUGUGAGAGUGAGAGAGUCUGUGUGUGUGUAAGUGAGAGUCUGAGAGUGUGUGUGCGUGUGUGUCUGUGUGUGAGAGAGUGUGAGAGAGAGAGUCUGUGUGUGUGAGAGAGAGUCUGUGUGUGUGAGAGAGAGUCUGUGUGUGUGAGAGAGAGUCUGUGUGUGUGAGUGAGAGUCUGUGUGUGUGAGUGAGAGUCUGUGUGUGUGAGUGAGAGUCUGUGUGUGUGAGUGAGAGAGUGUGUGUGUGAAUGAGUGAGUCUGUGUGAGUGAGUGAGAGAGUGUGUGUGGGUGAGAGUCUGAGUGAGUGUGUGUGAGAGUGAGAGAGUCUGUGUGUGUGUAAGUGAGAGUCUGAGAGUGUGUGUGCGUGUGUGUCUGUGUGUGAGAGAGUGUGAGAGAGAGAGUCUGUGUGUGAGAGAGAGAGUCUGUGUGUGAGAGAGAGAGUCUGUGUGUGAGAGAGAGAGUCUGUGUGUGAGAGAGAGAGUCUGUGUGUGUGAGAGAGAGAGUGUCUGUGUGUGUGUGUGUGUGUGAGAGAGUGUCUGUGUGUGUGUGUGUGUGUGUGUGAGAGAGUGUCUGUGUGUGUGUGUGUAUGAGUGAGUCUGUGUGUGUGAGUGAGAGAGUCUGUGUGUGAGAGAGAGAGAGUAUGUGUGUGUGAGAGAGAGUAUGUGUGUGUGAGAGAGAGUCUGUGUGUGUGAAUGAGUGAGUCUGUGUGAGUGAGUGAGAGAGUGUGUGUGGGUGAGAGUCUGAGUGAGUGUGUGUGAGAGUGAGAGAGUCUGUGUGUGUGUAAGUGAGAGUCUGAGUGUGUGUGCGUGUGUGUCUGUGUGUGUGUGAGAGAGUGUGAGAGAGAGAGUCUGUGUGUGUGAGAGAGAGAGUCUGUGUGUGUGAGAGAGAGAGUCUGUGUGUGUGAGAGAGAGAGAGUGUGUGUGUGUGUGUGAGAGAGAGAGUGUGUGUGUGAGAGAGAGAGAGUCUGUGUGUGUGUGUGUGUGAGAGAGAGUCUGUGUGUGUGUGUGAGAGAGAGUCUGUGUGUGUGAGAGAGAGAGUCUGUGUGUGUGAGAGAGAGAGUCUGUGUGUGUGAGAGAGAGUGUGUGUGUGAGAGAGAGAGUGUGUGUGUGAGAGAGAGAGUGUGUGUGUGAGAGAGAGUGUGUGUGUGUGAGAGAGAGUGUGUGUGUGUGAGAGAGAGUGUGUGUGUGUGAGAGAGAGUGUGUGUGUGUGAGAGAGAGUGUGUGUGUGUGUGAGAGAGAGUAUGUGUGUGUGAGAGAGAGUAUGUGUGUGUGUGAGAGAGAGUAUGUGUGUGUGUGAGAGAGAGUAUGUGUGUGUGAGAGAGAGAGUAUGUGUGAGUGAGUGAGAGAGUGUGUGUGGGUGAGAGUCUGAGUGAGUGUGUGUAAGUGAGAGUCUGAGAGUGUGUGUCUGUGUGUGUGUGAGAGAGUGAGAGAGAGUCUGUGUGUGUGAGAGAGAGUCUGUGUGUGUGAGAGAGAGAGAGUGUGUGUGUGUGUGAGAGAGAGAGAGUGUGUGUGUGUGUGAGAGAGAGUCUGUGUGUGUGUGUGUGUGAGAGAGAGUCUGUGUGUGUGUGUGAGAGAGAGUCUGUGUGUGUGAGAGAGAGAGUCUGUGUGUGUGAGAGAGAGAGAGUCUGUGUGUGUGAGAGAGAGAGAGUGUGUGUGUGUGAGAGAGAGUGUGUGUGUGUGUGAGAGAGAGUCUGUGUGUGUGAGAGAGAGUCUGUGUGUGUGAGAGAGAGAGAGUCUGUGUGUGUGAGAGAGAGAGAGUCUGUGUGUGUGAGAGAGAGAGAGUCUGUGUGUGAGAGCGAGAGAUACAGUCUGUGUGUGAGAGCGAGAGAUACAGUCUGAGCGUGUGAGCGAGAGAUACAGUCUGAGCGUGUGAGCGAGAGAUACAGUCUGAGCGUGUGAGCGAGAGAUACAGUCUGAGCGCGUGUGUGUGUGUGAGAGAGUCUGAGCGUGUGUGUGUGAGAGAGUCUGAGCGUGCGUGUGUGUGUGUGUGUGUGAGAGAGUCUGAGCGGUGUGUGUGUGUGUGUGUGUGUCUGAGCAGUGUGUGUGUGUGUCAGAGUCUGUGUGUGUGAGAGAAUGCCAUGAGGAUUUGUCAGUGAUGUUAUUUCUGGAGGUGUCACAUGCUGAGCUGUGUUGUGCUGUACACACCCAUCCAGAAUGGCACGGAGCAUUGUUCAAAAUCCACUAUUUUAAUUAAAAUAAAUGAAGAGUUAGAUAGAGAUCUGCGACAUCAUGCCCAGAAAUUGCCUUCUCUCUCGCUCUCUCUCUUGAUUUAAUGUCGCAGCGUGUCAGUAUGUUGUUACUUUGAGCUCUUAUUCUGUCACCUUUCUCUCUUUUCGCCCUUCUUUCUCUUCUGUUAGUGAUUUAAUGUACGCAGGGUGUUUGAAACACCCUCAGCACUCCAGCAGCCCCUGCUGUGAUACCCAGCUGGUGGCUCUGCUGGUGUUCAGGGAGUGCAGGCAAUAUAGACAAUGAAUACUGAAUGCUAUUGGUGAAAGUCUGAUCCCGGAGCAACAUUUCAAAACUGUAUAUUAACCUCACCUUCACCCCCAACACCCCAAUCCCAACCUUUGAGAAGUGUCAUUACCAGCUGGAGAUGUGUGUCCAAUAGAAAGCUGGCUUUGAAAUUCCUAUCAUUUCCCAAUAGAACUCCUGCUUUAAGGUCAUGUGACUCCAGAAAAACCAAAUAAAGCUACGUGAAUGAGA